CCACUCUGAUCCCAAAACGAUAGAAUGUGGAAAUCAUCUCAUAAUGUAUACGGUCAUAUUCCUCAUUUACGUUGCAAGCGCAUAACAGAAUGUUCUGUACAACGAUGGAAAAGCACGGCAGAAAGGGUUCUUGCUAUUAGAAGAGAAGAUGCUUCCAUUUGGGAAAGGAGGGCACCUCUUGCUCCUGCUCAUGUUAAACAGUUAGUAAAAGAAGGUGUUAAAGUUCUUGUUCAACCUUCAAAUAGGCGAGCAUAUCCAAUGCAAGCUUAUAUUAAUGCAGGGGCAAUUAUUCAAGAAGAUAUCAGUGAAGCUCCUUUGAUCAUUGGUGUUAAACAAGUUCCUAUUGAUACAUUAAUUCCUAACAAGACCUAUGCAUUUUUUUCACACACUAUUAAAGCUCAGGAAGCAAAUAUGCCAUUAUUAGAUGCCAUUUUAGAAAGGAACAUACGAUUGAUUGAUUACGAGAAAAUGGUUGACAAUAGAGGACAGCGUGUUGUUGCAUUUGGAAUGUUUGCAGGUGUUGCAGGUUUUAUUAACAUCCUUCAUGGUUUAGGGUUGAGGUUAUUGGCAUUAGGACAUCACACUCCUUUCAUGCAUAUCGGUCCUGCCCAUAAUUAUCGUAAUAGUGGUAUGGCCAUCCAAGCAAUACGUGAUUGUGGCUACGAAAUUGCCUUAGGAAUGAUGCCUCGUUCCAUAGGACCUCUUACUUUUGUAUUUACUGGAAGUGGAAAUGUAUCUCAGGGUGCUCAAGAUAUUUUUCAGGAAUUGCCAUACGAAUAUGUUAAUCCAGCAGAUUUACCUCAAGUAGCCGAACAUGGGUCAAUGAGUAAAGUAUAUGGUGCAGUUGUCAGCAGAGAUGACCAUUUAGUUAGGAAAGAAGGUGGUAAAUUCGAUCCUGAAGAAUAUGAACAGUUUCCAGAACGUUACUAUUCUAAUUUUGCUAAAAUGAUUGCACCUUAUGCUUCAGUGAUUGUAAAUGGAAUUUACUGGGCAGUAAAUUCUCCAAAAUUAUUGACAAUACCAGAUGCAAAAUAUUUGCUUCAGCCAUCAUACACUCCUUGGCUUGCAACGAGUAGUGGAUCACCAGCUCUUCCUCAUAGACUUCUAGCUAUUUGCGAUAUAAGUGCAGAUCCUGGUGGUUCGAUUGAAUUUAUGACUGAAUGCACGACAAUAGAUACACCAUUUUGUUUAUAUGAUGCCGAUCAACAUAAAAAUAGUGAAAGUUUUGCAGGGCCUGGUGUUCUUGUUUGCUCAAUUGAUAAUAUGCCCACUCAACUUCCUAGGGAAGCUACAGAUUGGUUUGGUAAUUUGUUAAUUCCGUAUAUGACUAACAUUCUUCAAUCUGAUGCAACUAAACCAUUGGAAGAACACAAUUUUGGUCCUGUUAUACAUAAUGCAAUUAUUGCAAGUAAUGGGAGGCUUACACCAAAUUUUGAAUACAUAACAGAAUUGAGGAAGACUGCUAGAGCAGGAUCUCAAAAAAAAGCACAGUCGGCAGCCGCCGAACGAAUUAAAAAAGUAUUAGUACUCGGUGCAGGUUACGUAUCCGGUCCUCUAGUGGAAUAUUUAACCAGAGAUAGGACCAUUCACGUCACAGUGGCUUCCGCUUUACAAAACCAAAGCGAGGCACUCGUACAAAGAAAAGAAAAUACGGAGUCCGUCGUCCUGGACGUAACAAAAGGUCUCGAAACUUUAGAAGAUUUAAUUCAAGACGCAACUCUAGUCGUCAGCCUUGAUCAUGAAACAUCUACUUUACCAAAUCAACAGAUACACAGCAAAAACUUUUGUCUCUUACCUUACUCCCUACAUCCAAUGAUUGCCGAAUAUUGCAUAAAACACAAGACUAAUAUGGUGACAGCUAGUUACUUGACAGCCGAAAUGAAGCAAUUACAGAACGAAGCCGAAAAUGCGGGAAUAACUGUCGUAAAUGAAGUUGGUUUGGAUCCCGGUAUAGAUCACCUGUUAGCCAUGGAAUGUUUCGACGAAGUUCAUUUAAAUGGUGGAAAGGUAAAAUUUUGAUGAUAAUUUUAGAAUAUUCAUAAAUGGUAUGUGUGAUUAGACUUUAUUUUUUAUUUGUCGGAAGUUGUUUGAUAAAUACACCUAAACACAUGUAUGGUGCAUACUGAAUAUUGAUAAGUAAGGUUUCUAGUUAUAGCAUUCCAUGAAAUGCAGGGAAGGAAAACUAAAAACUGCCAACACUUAGUAUCCUAGUCUGUGUAUGCAUGGUCUUGGUUCAUUUUGUUGCAUCAUUGCAUAGUAAUCAAAUUUAAACCUGAACUCUUCUGCCAGAUCACUGCUUUAUAUAGAAUCAGAAAACCAGAGAAAGUUCAAUUUUGUAAAGAACUCAGAAUGUUAGACGACCAGACGCUGUAGAGACUCAGGGCAAGCAACUCCUGGGAACCUUUUGCGGACAGUGUCCUGGAUACAUUGGACCACAACCCUUGCCAUCCGACCACUCCCGCUGUAAGUCUGGCCAAAUCCACGACAGAUAGGUAAAAAAGGCCUUCUCGGUACCCGUAAGCCAGAGACAUUAAUUAAACAUCUAUGGCCCAGAUUUCUGAUUAUAUAUGUAAAGGUGGUGUCGAAAGAUUGGCAUUCGAGCUGCCAGGUGGGAAUGAACGAAAGAAAAACCAGAAACUUUUUCAUGUAGAGCACGGGUUCCCAACCUAUGGGUCGCGACGGGCUUUCUGUGGGGUCGCCAACUUAUACAGUUAACUAAAAAAAAA